UCCAGAGCUGCUCAUGCAGCAGCGGUGACAGUUGUAGCUGCAAGUGCCAUGUUCAUACGGCUUACCCUAUCCAUUCCAUCCAUCUAUCCAGAGAGGCAUCCAGAUUCCAUUAGAACUCUUCGGACAGUAGUAGCAGUUUUCAGUAGUAUGCUGUGGUGAUCCUGACCGUCCUUACUGACUUUGGAGGACGUUCAAGCUCGUUCCACUCGUUGUUUUUGGGGUGUGCCAUUUCCCUGGAGAAUCAUGCCCUAAAACAGAAAGGAUUGCUGUGUGAGUCGGACGUGCGGAUGGUCAUUUUCUGGCAACUCAUACCCACACCCCACCGAUUCAAGAGCCAAAAGAUCAACCCAAUCCCCUCGUCUUGAUCACGAUCCAACGCACGCACAUAAGGAAGGGUCUGUCCGGCCAAAGUAUGGUGCUUCAUCCGAACCCUGCCCAACUCAAUGCGAUCACUUCACAAGUGCAAGUAGACCAACAGAGCUCGAAACUGAAGGAUUGUUGGUCAUGUCGGAUCAUUGGCGGAGGUUUCCAUUUGGCCAUUGCUGCCUUCGUGGGCUCGAAUUAUCGUCAAAUGCCAAAUGCCAUGAGCAAGGCCUUCAUUCUCACUUUUAGUACGGGUUUGGCAUGUCUAGGCGUUGCACGUGUAGCUCACCUCCCUCCAUUCGCUCGGUUUCCCGGGGCUUCCACUGCGCAGUGAUCUCAUCGUGAGCCAUGUCUCAACACGCCUCCGGGUCGUCCCUGCCCAAUUCUUCGCCCGAGAUCAAGAUCGACGCUUCCCAUCCUCAAGCCUAUCUCUAUCAGCAACGGCGAAGCUCCAAGAACCCGUCAGAGAAUAGCGGCGCUCACGGGCGCAAGAAAAAGACAUUUUUCCGCGUACCUUUCUUCAUCAAGGUCCCCGCCAAAGUGGGCAAGCGCAUGGUGAACAUGCUCUUUCGGGCCCCGCAAUCCAAGAAGAUGGCUGAGGGCGUGGUGACCAGUUCGGGGGUGGGCGAAGCCUCGAUUUACCAUGCCCUGGUCGUGAUCUUCCUGGAGUUCUUCGCCUGGGGUCUGUUGACCUCACCCAUGAUCACGGUGCUGAAUAAGACCUUCCCGGACCACACGUUUCUCAUGAAUGGCCUCAUUGUGGGCAUCAAGGGGUUUCUUUCGUUUCUUUCGGCUCCGUUGAUUGGGGCCUUGUCAGAUAUUUGGGGGCGCAAGUUUUUCCUCUUAGUCACCGUGUUCUUCACGUGCGCCCCCAUCCCUCUCAUGAUGAUCAACACGUGGUGGUACUUCGCCAUGAUCUCCAUUUCGGGCGUGUUUGCCGUCACCUUCAGCGUCGUGUUCGCCUAUGUGGCCGAUGUGACGGAUGAAAGUGACCGUUCCGCUGCCUACGGCCUUGUGUCCGCCACUUUUGCCGCCAGUUUGGUCACCAGCCCCGCUUUGGGCGCCUACAUUGAACAGGUGUACUCCGAGGAUGUGGUCGUGACCUUGGCCACGGCCAUCGCUAUCCUGGACGUGUUCUUCAUCUUGGUGGCCGUGCCCGAAUCCUUGCCGGACAAAUGCAAGCCCGCUUCUCGCGGACUGACCUUCGAACAGGUGGACCCUUUCGCAGCUCUCCGCAAGAUCUGGAAGGACAAAACCAUUCUGAUGCUGUGCGUGACCGUGUUUCUGUCCUAUCUGCCAGAGGCGGGUCAAUAUUCGUGCUUCUUCGUGUAUCUCCGUCUGGUGAUGGGAUUUUCCAAAGAGGCCGUAGCCAUGUUCAUCGCCACGGUCGGAAUCUUGUCGGUGAUUGCCCAGACCGGCUUGUUGACCAUGUUGAUGAAAACUAUCGGGAGCAAGCAUACCAUCAUGAUCGGGCUGCUCUUCGAGAUGCUCCAGUUGAUGUGGUAUGGAUUUGGCUCGCAAACCUGGAUGAUGUGGGCCGCUGGUGUCUUAGCAUCCAUUUCAAGCAUCACUUAUCCAGCCAUAAGUGCAUUCGUCUCCAUGCACGCGGAUGCGGACAAGCAAGGCCUCGUGCAAGGCAUGAUCACGGGCAUGCGAGGCCUGUGCAACGGUCUGGGACCGGCCAUGUUUGGCUUGGUCUUUAGUCUGUUCCACGUGAAUCUGAACGAGAAAGACCUGAAAGAGACAGAGGUCACGGCCGAGCCUCCCGGCAACCUGGGGUUAGUCACAGAAUUGAUCCCGGGUCCCCCUUUCGUGUUUGGGGCCUUGUUAGUCAUUCUGGCCUUGAUGGUGUCGGCCUUCAUUCCUGACAGCAUAAGCCAUCCCCUCACCUUAGACAGUCCCACUUCAACCAUGGCUCUGAGGCGAAAUCUGGAGAAGAAACUCUCGUUGCAAGACUACAAGAAGUCGGAUGACGACGAUGACGAGCUUUACAGUGAGCACGACGGGACCACAGUCCCUCUGAUCCAUGCUACGAGUUCCUCGGCUGCAGUAUUAUAGCAACAAACCUUUCCCGUAGUCCUAGCAGUGCAUAAGUUGCCCGCCCAUAUGCAGAAGACAACAUCAAUCGCCCGAUCCUGUCCACUGAUUUACCAUGACAGUCAGGAGAUGGGAGAUGGUGAACCAGCCGAGGAUCAUGUCAAAGCCCGACCAAAGGCACCAGGAACGUUUGGCUCAAGAAUCACCCUUUGAAUGAUCUGCUCUAACUCGUCCUAAGUUCUUUUAAUAAAGUGGGGGAGCGCAGGAAUGCUUCUCUGGAUGUUCCAAUGUUUAUAACUGGUGGAGAUGGACACCAGAUCUUGAAUGGGUCGUGACCGCCAACCGAUCGAGAAGUGAGUCUUAAUAAGGCCAUCGACAGGACUUAGAAGGCCGCGGGACGCGUGUCGUUCAGCUACUCCAGCCUUGAUCGCUCCGAACUUCUAUGCGUGACGAUCCAUCCUCUGUGUUGGCUGUGAUGAAGACGAGGAUUGGAGUAAUGAUAUAUGAACAGUGAUUGUUAUGAACAGAAUGAUGUGCAAUCUUCGUCACACGUUGAAGUAAUAAAUUACGAAUACUUUUUUUUCUUCUCGUGCAA